UAUCUCGUAUCCAAGCCGUGUAGCAUCUAUCGCGUAGGUAUAUUAUUGUGUGGCUUUUUCUCUUGUUCGCUGCGGACUUGACUUGGGAAGACGAAAUCUACUUGCUCCAGCAAAAAUGUCAGACAUUAGCAAAGAAGAACUUGAAAAAGAAAUCGCAAAGAUCCUGAGCAAGGCGAACCUGGCGACCACGUCCACCAAGAAGGUGCGCCAGCAGCUGGAGGCCAGCCUCGGCCGCGACCUCGCCGACCAGAAAGUGGUGAUCGACCAGCUGGUGAUGGACUAUGUGAACAGUAAGGAGGAGGACGACGAUGACGAGGAGGGGGAGGAGGAGGGGGGGGAGGGGAGCUCCAGCGACGAGGAGCCGGCGCCCGCCAAGACCAAGCCCAAGCCCAGCAAGAAGCGCAAGCAGUCCAGCGACGAUGAUGACAGUGAGGAGGAGGAGGAGAAGCCGAAGCCCAAGAAGAAGGCGGGACGCAAGAAGAAAAAGGGCUCCGACGACUCCGACGACGACUGGGCCAAGAAGGAGAAGGCCAACAAGCCCAAGAAGGCGGGCGGGCGCGGCAAGGGCGGCGGCUACACGCGCGCCUACAAGCUAUCGCCCGCGCUGGCCGAGCUCAUGGGCGCCGACGAGAUGGCGCGCCACGAGGUCGUCAAGAAGGUGUGGGCGCUGAUCAAGGAGAAGCAGCUGUACGACCCCAGCAACCGGCAGUUCGCCAUCUGCGACGACGCGCUGUACAAAGUGUUCCAGACCAAGCGCUUCCGCACCUUCGGCAUGAUGAAGUACCUCAAGACGCACUUCCUCAUGGACUAGGCACGAUGAGCUCCAGCUCAGCUCAUGUACAGGGAUGUAUCUUCCCUAACAUGCCCGUUUUAAAUCUCCAUUUUAGUGUCAAACUGACAAACUCCGUAAUUUUUACGUUUUACGCCAGAUCGCCAGAGAAGCAUUUGUCUAUUUUGGUUUGACGUUAAAUUGUAGAAAAGAUAGAAAACCAUAACCACCCUUUAGGGCUUGUACAAUGUACAAGUACACAAAACUGCGACAGUAAUCAAGCAUGUGCCCAAAAAACUGUCAAAACCGUCGCACAUUCUUACGAUGCGACGUUGCAUGCAUCGCAGUUUUGUGUACAAGCGUAUAAAUAUCUCUGUUAACCUUUUGAAAGUAUGCCGAAACAACGUCAGUAACUUUAACAAAGGGUCGUUGAGGGCCUUCUUAUACACUUCCAGAAUAAUAAGAAAAUGACGGCUGAUUGUAGUAGCAGACGUGAUGUGCCAGACGAGUGUGCGUGUCUGAAGCUUACAUUGUUGCUAGCUUCAGAUAUAAGUACAUAGUUGUUUUAGCAUGGAAUCUACGCAUGAGUCGCCGCCAUUUAAUUAUUGUUCGUUUAUCUGUCUUAACUAUAUUGUUUUGCUUUAGAUAAGCGCCCUAAAAUGAUUGCGGUCAUAUAAUGACUUGAAGCUCACUGUUAGAAUGAUGGUCCUGCUGGGUCAUAGCUGGGUGGUGUUAGGACAGAACCAAAGUAGAUCUCCGUAUUAUUUAGUUCCUGAAUGUUCUGUUCUGUUCUCGCUGAAGGCUUCUGCCCGCCACCACCACCACCUGGCACCAGUCGACCAAUCAUUGAGUCGUAUAUAAUAAGUAUAGAUGUAAGGUGAAAUCCAUAAGAGAAAUUACAGUACGAUUUAGUUCAUGCGAUAUCGAGGCUGCAAAAAUGAUCCCUACUGCAACGACAAACACAAAUGCUAAAAUGCAACUAUUUGUACGUAGGUAAGGUUUAUUUUUGUUAUACUAUUUUAAGAAACUCAUGUGAGUUAAAAAAUAAUUGCUGUGAUAUCUUUAAUGGAUUUUAUGUAUAAAAAUAGUAAAAUAACUCUAUUGCAUUCUGAUAAGUUACAUUGUGUACUUGUACUUCCUUAUCAAACAAUAUCGUUUGAAACCUUAAUGACUUCGUACAUAUUUUUAUGUAUCUUCAUUUAUAUUAUGUACAAGUAUAAUGGGUCUAUUUCUUACUUGGCUCUGCAUAUAAUGUUCAGUAAAAAAAUCUGAAAUCAAGUUCAUGUUCAUGGAACUAAAUACCUUAUCAAAUUGAAUUAAGUAUGUUGAUAAAAUACUGUUCCCUUGGUAUAAGCCUUCUGUAGACAUAGACACAUUUUAUUUGUAUUCGACGAAUAGUUUCUUCUAGUUUUGAUAAUGAUUGCCUCCGCGUCGGUGAUGUUGACCGCCGCGGGGACGUGACUUGGUCUAAGAUAAUUUUAAUAAAUACAUAGGUAAGUGUGUCCAGUUCUGGUUGUAUUUGUAAAUAAUUGUGAAAAUUUAUGGUGUGCGAUCAUGUGGAUCUUUGAGUAAGUGACGAAAAUAAAGUCUUUUAAUAUACCUACGUCA